UUAAUUUGGAGUCUGCAGUUUCCUCUAUUAUAUAUACUCCCCUGCUUUCCCAUCAUUUGUCAUAUAAUUCAAAUUCCUCUUUUUCCAUUUCUAUACACACACACACACACAAAAUGGCAUGCAACAUCAGCAACGUGGUGAAGAGUCCUGCAGCUGCGGCCAUAGCCAGAUCGCACAUAAAGCUUGGGACAGCAACUGGGUCUGCCUCUCUAAGGACAAAGAAGAAAACCAUGUCGGUGGUAAAGAUGCAGCGUGUAACUAAUGAUCAGAAUAAGACCAUCAAACCGGUUAAUGGAGGAAAAUUUGGGAAAUUCGGUGGCAAGUUUGUGCCUGAAUCUCUCAUCACUUGCUUGGGAAAGCUGGAAGCUGAGUUCAACCUGGUUUUAGAUGACCCUCAUUUCCAGGAGGAGCUAGAGGUGGCGCUGCGGGAUUACGUGGGGCGAGAGACGCCGCUGUAUUACGCGGAGAGGCUGACAGAGCACUACAGAAACGAGGAGGGAGAGGGCCCAGAAAUAUACAUAAAGAGAGAAGAUCUGAACCACUGCGGCGCGCACAAGAUGAACAACGCCAUUACGCAGGUCAUGAUUGCGAAGCGCAUGGGCAGGAACAGCGUGGUGGCCGCCACUGGUGCAGGCCAGCACGGCGUCGCCACUGCAGCUGCCUGCGCCAAACACGGCUUACACUGCACCAUCUUCAUGGGCUCCAAAGAUAUUGAUAAGCAGCCCUCAAACGUCCUCUUAAUCAAUCUGCUCGGCGCGUACAAACGGCUGUGUAGAUUAGAAGGCAUAUUCCCGUCGUUGGAGGCGUCACAUGCCUUCGCUUAUCUUGACAAGCUCUGCCCCAGUUUGCCCAACGGUUGUAAGGUGGUUGUCAAUUGCAGCGGCCGUGGAGAUAAAGAUGCUGCCAUUGUCUUCAACUAUCAUCCCCAACAAUAAUCCUAAUUUUAUUUUUAUUACCAACUGGUGUUCCAUGAAUCUUCAAUAUUUUCAACCUAAAAAAAGAUUAAGGAUAUAAUCUUUAUCGUUCAAUCUAAACAUAAUUCAAUCGAUUGAGGUAUUUAAAUCCGACUAAAUGUCGACUUCUUGUCAUUUAUAAAUGUGGAAGGAAAAAAAUUAGUCAAUUUAGAUGAAAUCUAAUUCAUUAGAUCCAA